AUGGCUCCAUUUUCUUCAACCAUCACCAUUUCUGCACCCACUUUACCUACAAAUGUACAUAAUAAUGUUUUCGAGGUCGAGAACGACGACGUUUUUGGAAAUCUUAAUUGGAUAGAUGAUAAGCUUGCAGUUGCAGACGAUCUUUUUGCUAAUAAUCAAAACAAUAAUACUUUACUUUGGUUGCCUGAUGAUAAUCUUUUCCAACUUCUCCCGGAGCUCGAAUUUCAAGCAUCGUCCUUAUCACCUUGUAGUCCUGAUGAUCAUCUACUUGGUAGUAUCCAUUCACCUCAUGAUGAGGUAUGCAAUGCGGGAGUCGAGUUAUUGGAAAAAGUAGACCGUGCUAACACGCGGGAAGGGGAAGAGGUAGUUAUUGAUACUAAACAUAAAUGUUCACCUAGAGAUGGUAAUCAAUCUCAUCAUAAUGGUGCUACAAGGAAGAUGUCCAAGAAACGAAAUAGUGUAGAAAGAAGCCGACGGAGGCAAAUUAAUAACAAGUUACAAGCUCUACAGAGUCUACUCCCCCAUCCUAGCUGUAAGGUAAACUAUCUCAUCUUAUUUUCACAUGUGACAUUAUGGGCCUGA